UUGGCUACUAGGAAUUGGUUGCUAGAAUUCGUUCGGUUUUAAAAAUAGUUAUUCACGUGAUAGGUGGGAGGGAAAACACCAUCUCGUGCUGUUCAUGUUGAGGCUGGUUUGAAAGUGAAAUCAAACAUGACAACAAAUCGAUUUUCCCUGUUAUGUUUUCUUUUUGGCAUUGUUACGUCACACACUUAUAAAACAGAACACAAGGCUGAGUCUGUACGACACGGCGUACAAGAUGAGGAAUGGGCGUAUGUGAAUGUCCGUCCGUCUGCUCAUAUGUUCUACUGGCUGUACAAGACGACGUCUGCUGCAGGCUACAAGAAUGCUCCUCUAGUUAUGUGGCUACAGGGUGGUCCAGGUGGAUCGUCGACAGGAUUUGGAAACUUUGGAGAAAUUGGUCCUCUUGAUGUCAAAUUGAAUGCUAGAAAUAACACAUGGCUGAGUGUUGCCAGUCUGUUAUUCGUUGACAACCCAGUGGGGGCUGGCUACAGCUAUGUUGACAAACCAUCGGCCUACACCUCCAAUGUUGACCAGAUAGCUAAAGACCUGCUAACGCUGUUUAUCUCAUUCAUGAAACAUACCCCGGAUUUCCAGAAAGUACCUUUUUACAUUUUCUCAGAAUCGUAUGGAGGCAAAAUGACAGCUGCUUUUUCUCAAGUUCUCUAUUCUGCUAUCCAGCGUGGUGAAUUGAACUGCGAUUUCCGAGGACUGGCAAUGGGCGACUCGUGGAUUUCUCCUGUCGAUUCUACUCUGUCCUGGUCACAUUACCUCUAUGUUAAUUCAUUGGUCGAUCAAGCUGGCCGGGAACUUGUGAAUGCAUCUGCCUCGAAGACAGCGAUGUAUGUACACCAGGAGGACUGGGUCAAGGCCACUGCCGAGUGGGCAACCACCGAGGACGUUGUCGAGAUGACCACAUAUGGUGUCAACUUCUACAACAUUCUCAAGUGGGGAGCUCCAGAAAACGUCCGGCUUGCUCACCGGCAGGACCUCAGCAUAAUAGAAAAAUUAUAUGCACGGCACGUUGCACCAUUCCAGAAUGAUGACCUAUCUGCACUGAUGAAUGGACCAAUCAGAGAAAAGCUAAAGAUUAUCCCAAAAAAUGUCACAUGGGGAGGUCAAUCAGGCGAAGUCUUUCAGCAUCAACAAAUGGAUUUUAUGAAGCCUGUCACACAAAUAGUCAAUGAUCUGAUAGAGAACACACCUCUGUCAGUAGUGGUGUACAGCGGGCAGCUUGAUCUGAUUGUCGACACAUUCGGCACCGAAGCUUGGGUGUAUCGCCUAAAGGUGGCCGAUGAAUUCCGUAAAGCGAAAAGAGACGAUAUGAAGGUGGGCGUUAUUAACAACGGCUAUGUGAAGAAGACGAAGAACUUCUCCUUCUACUGGAUUCUCAGUGCAGGCCACAUGGUUCCUGCAGACAAUGGACCGGCAGCUCUGGAUAUGUUGAUGAGGAUUACUAAGAGCAAGUGAAGAGCUGCUGUAUGUGAUUCAUCAUGACUUAUUCCACAACCACACGGUGAAGUCAGAGCAGUUCAAGCAACAGCCUGUCUCAAAGAAAAACAAAUAUCUUGAAUAUUUAUCCUCUAUUAUCUAAUUUAUUAAGGACUUCAUUUAGAGUUUGCUGUCAUUUUGACAGGUUUAAACUAAUAAAACAUUUUUAAACUAG